AUGCCUGCCCCGGUGAGCAGGUCUGUUUUCGAGGCCGCCCAGGACCCCGUUCUCCUGCACGGGCUGACCCUCGUCACUGGAGCUGCUGCAGACAUAGGUGCUGCCGAGCCGGCACUAGUGAGCCAUGAGAAACCUGCAACCACCAGCUGUGAGGAUAAAGCCUGUGGGGUCCCUGAGGUGCCAGAGAGGAUGUGCUGCUUGACCUGCGGGCAGGUUUUCGGCAGCCGUGAGGAGCAGACUGAGCAUUACCGUCUUGACUGGCACCGCUUCAACCUGAAGCAGCGACUCCUGGGGCGCCAGACACUGCCUGUAGAAGCAUUUGAGGAGAAGACCCGCACAGGUGAUGUUUCCAGCAUCUCAGGAUCUGAUUCAGAGAGCUCUGAUGCAAGCAGUGAGUCAGAGUUGCAGCCCUCUGCCAGUGACAGCCCCAGGACCCCCCAGAUUCCCCGCUCCCACAAGGUGUUGUUCCGCAAUGCAAAGGGCCAGCUCAUCUCUGCAUACCGCUGCGUGCUGGUCACUGGGAAGGGUGCCAUUGAGGAGCCAGUGAAGCUGACAGUGUCACUGCAGAGCCUCAGUGUGAAUACAUGCUGGGUCGUGCUGAUGAUGGGCGGUGGGCACUUCGCAGGAGCUGUGUUCCGGGGCCCCCAGAUGCAGGAGCACAAGACCUUCCACCGCUACACAGUGCGAGCACGGCGGGGCACAGCCCAGGGCCUAAGGGAUGCCCAGACCCCAGGGUCAGCACCCAGGUCAGCUGGAGCUUCCCUGCGGCGUUACAAUGAGGCUGUGCUGCUCAAGGAUAUUCAGGACCUCCUGGCAGCCUGGGUGCAUCACUUGAAUGAAGCUCAGCGCAUCUUUCUCCGGGCCCCACGUCACAACCGUGCACUGCUCUUUGGCGGCAAGAACCCACCCCUCACUCGAGGGGACUAUCGCAUUUGCCACAUCCCCCUCAGCACCCGCAGGGCCACCCUGAGAGAGGUGCUGCGAGUCCAUGCCACACUGGCCAGCUUGCAGGUAUAUGAGCAGGGCACGCCACUCGAGGACAUCACUGGGUCCCCCCGGAAGGUCUGGCAGAAGAGGCAGCAGAAAGCAGAGAUGGAUCCACCACAGGAAGACUCGGCCCCAGUCUCAUCAUUCCCCUCAGCACCGGAGGAGGAGGAAAGCUCUGCAGGAGAACUGGAGACUGUGGAAGUGACACUGGGGACCUUAGACCUUCGUGAGUUUGAAGUGGUGCCCAAGCGAAACCGCAAAAGGAGGAAGAAGAGGGACAAACAGGUGGAGAGAGGGCCCCGUGCCGAAGAGACAGGAUGCCAUGGUACCCAAUGUGGGCAGCCUGGCUUGGAGCUGGUGACAGAGCUGCAGAGGGAGGCUGAGGCUGGGCCCCUUCCCUGGGGUAAUGGAGGAGACCCUCAGACCCAGCUCCUCGAUGCCCUGUUCACCGCCUGCAAAACAGGGGAUGUGCAGACACUGCGGCACCUCCUGGGUGUGACAGAGAGUGGGGGCCUGCCAGGGAACAGUGAGGAUGGGGAGGUUGCACAGCCCCUGGAUAUGGCCCACUCCCUGCUCAACCAGCCCGUGGAUGAUCGUGGCUGUACCCUGCUUCAUGUGGCAGCACAGGCAGGCAAGGCUGAGACUGUGUGCCUGCUGCUGGAGGCAGGGGCAGACCCUGCCCUCAGGGACAGGCAGGAGAGAACUCCAUACUGCAUCUCUGCCAAUAGGGUGACCCGCAAUGCCUUCCGCAAGUUCAUGGUGGACCAUCCAGACAAGUAUGACUACAGCCAUGCCAAGGUGCCAGGGCCCCUGACACAGGAGAUGGAGGCCAAGAAGCUGGAGAAGAAGCGGGCACAGAAAGCCCAGCGGAAACAACGGGAGCAAGCGCAGAGGGAGGAGCGGCAGCGCUGGGAGCAGGAGCAAGAAGAGAAGCAGCGGUUUGCAGCCCUGUCUGACAGGGAGAAGAGGGCACUGGCUGCCGAGCGGAGGCUGGCUGCGCAGCUGCAGGACACCGGCACAAUUCUUACCAACAUCAGCCGCUGCUGGCAUUGUGGAGAAUCCCUGCUGGGACAGAUCCCCUUCCAUUACCUCGACUUCUCCUUCUGCUCCACGGCCUGCCUGCAAACCCACCGCCGGGCCCAGGCCAGCCACACCUAA